AGGAGCAUCACUUAGAAGGGGACGCCGCGAGCCAAAUGUCUGAGAGCGAGCCGCGCCUUUUCCCGGGCCCUUGCAGAGGGCGACGGUGAUGCUAUAGAACCGGUAGGAGCGACUGGCCGCCGCGCUCUCUCUGUUCUUGGAGACCCCCAGCGCCCGCCUUCUGCAGGGGAAACGACCAUGACUGUAGCUCGUGACUUGUCUGCCGGCCACAUCCCGUAGAAAGAAAUACUGGAAAAAGUUGCAUUAUCAAAAACCCUUGUGCUGACCUUUGGGGCCGUGGGGGCCGAAGCAGUGUGCGUGCCUGUGCAAGCAAGAAAGCGAAAGGUGUAUGUGCAUGGGGGGCCGGCGGUGGGGGCACCCUCCGCUGCCACUGUGCCUAACGUUAUACUGAGGCGCCGGCCCCCAUUCCCAGGACUUCGGGGCUGCAAUGAACCCCUGCGGGCAGGCCCGGCGACACACGUCCAGAGGGGCCAUGGCCAUACUGGCGUGGAAGUUCCCGCGUACCCGGCUGCCGGUGGGAGCCAGUGCCCUCUGCGUUGUGGUCCUCUGUUGGCUCUACAUCUUUCCAGUCUACCGGCUGCCCAACGAGAAGGAGAUCGUGCAGGGGGUGCUGCAACAGGGCACAGCGUGGAGGAGGAACCAGACAGCAGCCAGAGUCUUCAGGAAACAAAUGGAAGACUGCUGUGACCCCGCCCAUCUCUUUGCUAUGACUAAAAUGAAUUCCCCCAUGGGGAAGAGCAUGUGGUAUGAUGGGGAAUUUUUAUACUCAUUCACCAUUGACAACUCAACAUAUUCUCUCUUCCCCCAGGCAACCCCAUUCCAGCUGCCAUUGAAGAAAUGCGCGGUGGUGGGAAAUGGUGGGAUUCUGAAGAAGAGUGGCUGUGGCCGUCAAAUAGAUGAAGCAAAUUUUGUCAUGCGAUGCAACCUUCCUCCCUUGUCAAGUGAAUACACUAAAGAUGUUGGAUCCAAAAGUCAUUUAGUGACAGCUAAUCCCAGCAUAAUUCGGCAAAGGUUUCAGAACCUGCUAUGGUCCAGAAAGACAUUUGUGGACAACAUGAAAAUCUAUAACCACAGUUACAUCUACAUGCCUGCCUUUUUCUAUGAAGACAGGACAGAGCCAUCCCUCCGGGUUUAUUAUACACUGUCAGAAUGUUGGUGCCAAUCAACAGUGCUUUUUGCCAACCCCAACUUUCUGCGUAGCAUUGGAAAGUUCUGGAAAAGUAGGGGAAUCCAUGCCAAGCGCCUGUCCACAGGACUCUUCCUGGUGAGUGCAGCCCUGGGCCUCUGUGAAGAGGUGGCCAUCUAUGGCUUCUGGCCCUUCUCUGAUAUGCAUGAGCAGCCCAUCAGCCACCACUACUACGACAAUGUCUUGCCCUUCUCUGGCUUCCAUGCCAUGCCAGAGGAAUUUCUCCAACUCUGGUAUCUUCAUAAAAUUGGUGCACUGCGGAUGCAGCUGGGACCCAGUGAGGAGCCCUCACUCCAGCCCACUUCCUAGGGACAGUGGAAGAAGAGAGAGGACUGAGCUAGGGUCUUUUGUUAGGUUUUCUACGUGACUUCAAAGGGGAAUGAAUGGUCAAGUCAUUUCAUGGAUUUGCAUGGGCCACUUGGAAAAAAGAGGAGAAGAAUAAAAACCCAAGCAAAACUUUACUUUUAAUGACAGCCUCAAGGACAAAGAAGAAAUGAAACAUCCUGUGAAACAUUUUACAGCACAUGGUGAAUUUACAACUCAUAAAAUGCCCAUGAGGUGACGUUGGUAAAGCACAUUUAUAUGGUUCAAAUCUAGAAGAUGCAAUUCAAAAACAAGAUGAAUUCUAGUUGUUGAGGCUGCAGAAAUAAUUGAUGAAGAAUAAAGGAAAAGCCAGGGUAAAAGUGUUGCUGGCUCAUGAUAAUUUUAAAAGACUUGUCUUAUUAAGACUGGCAGUAGAACUAUAGGUUUUAAAAAUUAUUAUUUUUUUGCCCUGUUUAGGGGCAGUGGGUAGGUGAUGGGAUAGAUUUUAAAAAUACCUUACUGUGUAAUAAGGAUACAAAAAUGCUUCAGCUGAUUAUUGUGGUUUGUUGAACCAAGUCUACAAUAACUGUAGUUUUCCAUUUCUAAAAAUUUAAAUAAGAAUCGUUUCUUCCCCUUUUGUCAAGUCUACUUAAACAAUGUGAAGCAUUGUUGAGUUUAGACUGUGUUGAUUCAUAGUCUGGAUAUCAUGAGCCACUUUCCCCGCCUCAGAAUUUAGGACAUGAAUUCAAUUUUAGGUCUGCAUUACAUAAACCUGUUUGCAUUGUUAUUAUUAUUUAGUGCAGAAAGAGUAUAAAUGCAAUACUCAUUUGUAAAUGGCAUAAUUGCCUCCAUAAUUAAUGUUCAGAGAUGAAGUAAAGCACAAUGACAUAAGGUGAGCAUCUGUGGAAGAUGAACCAGAAGGCAGAUCCCUUUCCUAUCUAACAUAGUAUAUUCAUGCCAAGAUACAUCGUACGUAUGCACACAUGCAUAUAGAUAUGUACACCCUCACAUCCACUACACAGAAUUAAAGCUCAUUCUUAUGUGACUAUGAAUGCUGAACCCAUAUGACUUGGUAUGACAAAAAUCUGUAAACAAUUUGGGAGAGCCACCUGUAGAUUGUUUGGUAAGCACUACAGGCAUAGAUAAGACAUGCUAGGUUAUUGGUUGCUGCUGGUCAUGAUAUACCAGUACAAGAGGCAAUUCUUAAUCCAGAAAUGCUUAAUCCAAAAGAGCAAAAUUGUUUUCCCUUCAUUGACUCCCACCAAAAUCUCAUGAAUGGGCCCUGUGUUGAGCAGUGGUUCCACAAGCAUGAUUCAAUGCAAGUAAAGUGAUAUGAAUUAGUAGCUACUUAUUUCUGUAAUAACAGUAGGAUUACAGCAGCUUUGCAUGUGAUGACCAUAUAGCAAGAAAACCCUGCUGGUAUUAUAAGCUGGCAAGUAUGUUUUCACAAAAGGGAAAGGAAAUUUCUCACUGUCUUUGUGCUUUGGGUUUCUUAGGCUGAAGGAGACACUAUAUCUCAUUAUCCUUAUUCUUUCAGAUGUCACCAAAAUGCAGGUAAACGUACCAAAAAGUUCUACCUCAGUUUUAAUGUAGAACUUGGCAUACCAUAAUAGACUAAAACAUGUGGGCAUUUUUUAGUGAGUUGACUUACAGGACAGCAAGAUUAACAAACACCUUGGAAAAAAUUCUACAUCCUUGGAGUAGGAAAAUUGUGGUUGGAUGUUGAAAUUAUUUCAGAAAAUUAGCAUUUAAUAUGAUUGGCUUACACAGAUUAAAUUGAUACCUAGAAAGUUAAGUGUUUGAGAGUAUCAGUUCUAUGCAGAACUAAUUUACUCUUUUGAUCCUGUGUGACAGCAGAAUGUAAUGGGAAGUUACUAUGAGUGAGCUAUGCUAAAUAUUCAGAUAGGGCAAUCCUGAAUAUAUUUCCUCUUUUGAGCUAUUGUUAUUUUAAAAAUUGACUGAAAAAGAAAUACAUUUCUAACAUAUACUUCAUUAAAAAUGUAAAAGGGUCAAUGGAAAACACAUAUAAAAUUAACUAAAUGUGUCACUAGAAUUAGUGUACUAAUUGUUAAAGUGAAAUUAAUGAGUUCCUAAAGCUCAUACCUCACAGUUCUGUUGAAAAUGUCAUCUAGAAGUUUCACUUCUUGGUUACAAUUCCUGGAAUAGGUUUAUGUAGUAGAUUUAUACAAUAUUUAGUCUAUAAUAUUUUAAAAAUUUUGGUGCAUUGUAACUAUAUGUAAUAGUGAGAUUUAUUGUUACAUAUUUGUACAUGCACACAAUAUAACAUAUAUUUUAGUCUAUAAAUUUUUAAACUAUUGUAUGUGAACUUCUGAAACACAAAAGCAGACAUGGUCGGGCUGCAAUGUUUGAUUAGACCUGUACUGCUCAGCUGGGGUGAUUAUUCUUCCGUCUGGUGCCAUUGGCAUGUUUGGAGACAUUUUCAUUGUCAUGACUCAAGAACGCUACUAACAUGUAGUGGUGUAGCAACCACAGAUCCUGCUAAAUGUCCUAAAGGUGCACAGGUCAACCCCUCAGUCAUCAUUACCCAGUCUAAAGUGUCAGUAUGCCAAUGUUGAGAAACCCUAGAUUAGAGAAAAAUGAAAGUUUUGAUCUUUCCAUAUCAACCUUAAUUAAGGAUACACAUACAUGCUCAUACCAAAGUAUGACUACAGCUUCAUGAUAAUGUUUUCUUAGGUUAGAUUAUGGUUUAGCAUACUUUUUAAAAAGUGACAGUUCAUAGGUAUGCCAUACAUACACCAGUUUUUGUACUUGGUUAGACAGAUGCUUCUAAACAAGAAGCGUGUGUGAGUGUGCAUAGCAUGAGGUUACUCAUCUCUGUCCUUAUUGAAAUAUGUGUUCCUAAGUAAAGAUCUCUCUAGAAUUGUCCUAUAGAGUAUGGUGUAAUACUCUGUUACUAUUAAGAAGUUGAGUUCUGAUGUUCCAUUAUUUAAUUUGUUUGUAUGAAAUUAACACCUUCAAAAUUGGGCCUGGUACUUUACUGAAUUUGGUCAAUUAUAUUUUAUUUCUGACACUUAAGAUUUAGCUUGGAAGAUGUUUAGGUUAUUUAAAACACAUCCAGAAAGAAAGUUUCAUCACAUUCAAAUGUAUCUGCCAAGAGAAGUUAUCCCUUUCUACCAUUAGGAUUAAUUUUUUAACUUGUUUUUCAAAAAUGGGUGUUGACAAAAUUGGAUUGCUUCAUGGGGGGCAAAGGGAAGGAGGGAGAGAUGGUAAAAUGAGUAUCUUGAUGGAAUUUAAUUUUUAUUAGCCCCAAUUGAGAAUUUCAUUGAUUCUGAAGAUCAUGAAUAAGAAUUUAUUUAAUUUUAACCCAUGCCUUAGUACAAUUAGAUAGGUGAAGGAUUAAGUCAUUGCAUAAGAAAGAAAGUAAUGUUUUAUAUGAAAGAUUGUUAUUUGGAAGAGGACUUUUGGACAUUAUGCUUUAUGGAGAGCUUUUUAUCACAAGUUUAUUACAAAAUUAUGCAUCUAAACUGUGUAAUUCUCACACGAGAGGUUAGGGAAGUGCUCAUCAGAUUUGUUUCUGUAUAGUGUAGUUAUUUUAACAAAGGUAGAAAAUAAAUGAUCCAAAAUGGCAGAUGUUCGGACAAUACCUUUUGUGUGGCUUUGUGAUAUAUCUCCAUGACUCUGGGGGACUAAACAUUUGAUAGGCUAAAUAUAACUUAUACCCAAAGCAGUCUGGAGCAUAUGGCUUAAGUGGAAAAUACCUGAAGAAAUCCUGGGAUCCUCAGUGUGGCACUGAUAUUCUUAGAUUAGUCCACAUCUUUACAGGAGUGGUAUAGAUGAUCCCAAAUGGAGGACAAUAUCAAAACUUUCUUCUUUCAGGAAUUAUGGCAGUUUUAUAACUUUAUUAUAUAUAACCGCAUAUUUUUUUGUUUGAAAAGUCAUCCACCCAUAGUUUUUAAUUUCUAUGUUUGAAAUACUGACUUUCUUAAAAUUUGAACUGACAAAAUCCGUGUUAGGAGGGAAAUAGUGUCACCAAUCCUCUGAGAGCUUUUGGAAGUGCUGUGGUGUUGCACAAAUACUUUCCCAUCAGCACCAGAUAUAUCAACUCUAAACUUGUAGACUUCUGGAGAUCAAGAACUGCAGGAAUUUUUGUGUGUACUUGAGGACAAGUAUGUGGGGAAAUAAGAACUGAAGUAUACUGUGCUUUUUAUUUCCUUAUCUUCCCAAUGCAAAUGUCACCUUUCAGAUUACAUACUUUUGGGGUGCACAUAUCAGAGAUGGAAGUGAAUAAUAAUUUCAGGGCACCUGCUACCUAGAUCAAUGUUUCCAAUAAAGUCACAGUAAAAUAGACCUAUCAAGUUUGGUGACUUCAUUCCAUUGUUUAGGGAGAGGGUGAGGCAAGUGGAAAGGAGGAGGUGACCUUCCUCCAAUGCUGUCAGCAUACAGGGUGUCAAAGAGGUCUCCCCCCUUACCCUUGGCUCUCCAGCACCAUCUGUCUCUCUCCUGCCAAGGGAGCUGGCUCAACUCUAGGACUGAGCUAGUAGCAUUGUGACUAGAGAUGUUGUGUGGAAAUUUGCUGAGAAGCUUGAAAUUUUGCAUUGUCUUUAACUGUUUUGCUUUGGUUUUUGCUUCAACUUGUGUUCUCUAAAUUCGGGUACCCGUGGCAGAGUCUGGUUACCCUGACCUGCUUUUAGCCCUGCCAAUGAUUAUGAAAAAGUAGAACUUUUUUUCCUGUUUAGAUGGACUUUGAGUCUGUAAAGCUAGGGAGAUAUCAAAUAUUCCAUCUGUCCCUGUUAGCUUCUUUGGAAAUCCUAGGAACUAAUUCACUAGAAUUCUUAAACCCAGAAUAUCUGGCUAUUAACAUCCAAUAUGAAGGCCACAAUAUUAGGUUAAACACUAAAAAUCCUCAGUUUUUAAGUGGAAGGAGACUUGAACCUAUAGGAUUUUUUUUUCUUCCCAUGGUAAGAAAAUGGAUAUUCUCUGCCUUACCCUCAUCCUUGGCUUGUCUUUUGACAUUUUCAUGAAACAUUCUAGAGAUGAGACAUUGAAAUAUUGCACGAAUGGAAACCUUCAAACAGUACAACCCAGCUUGUUUGCAACAAGGAAAAUACUUGUUUCCUUCUUUUGAUUUUCCUCUUUCUGGUGCCAGCAUUGUGAUUUCUUUUAUUCUAAUGCCUAAGGAAUAAAAUAACGUGUUAUAGAUGGAUUUAUAUCUGUGAGAAUUUGAGUAAAAUACAAAACCUGUGACUAUAACUUUUUAAAGCACAAAAGAGGAAUUAUAUUUUAUGAUCACUCAUUUACCUAUCUCUGCGUCCCUACUGAUCCCUUCAUUGUGCUAAAAUUAUUACUGAUUCUGCUUUUCAGUUGAAGCUGUGGGAUCUAAUCAAUGAUGCAAAGCUGUCUAGGAGUAUUUAUAGAAUAAUAUCCAACUAUAUUGAUUCUGUCUCUUUCUUCCUGCUUCUAUGUAAUUGUACUUUUUUCAGAUAUUUGUCAUUUUAAAAUGUAUGUUUCACGCAAUACCAAUAAACAUCAAAGAGAUGUGGUUUAACCCAGGGCAAAGAAAAUCAGGAAUUAGAUAAUGUCUAUUUUUCUCUGCACAGUAAGAGAAACAAAAAAUUACGCUAAUAAAUUUUAAUGAUUUAAACCAAAAAUGAAAAACAGAAGGGGAAAAUCAUGGUUUUAGUUUGAAAGGACCUUUGGGCAGGGUCUCAGAAGGUCGCUAAACAGAGCGCAGGGAAGAGACUCUUGACCUUGCAUGCUGUUCGAAGAACAGAAUCUUUCAAAAUAUUUUACAGGAAAUAUAUUGUCAUCCAGUUGUUAGGGUAAGGACAAAAAGACACUAGAGGAAGCAGGGUAUGGGUCAGAUUGUGAGGCACUGGAGAGAGGACAGAGGAGCUGCUCCUGUCCAGCCACUGCCCAUGCUGGUGACCUUCCCCUGCCUGCCAGUGCGUGCUUUCCUUGGUGUCUGGGCUGGGUGAAGCAAGCACUCCCAUUUUCAUAGCUCUCUGUCAUCUGCACUUUGGCACCUACUACCAAAGUAAGAUUAUCAUUUAGAUCUCUUGUCAGGAUGACGCAGUGAGAGCAGAAGUAACAUUUUGAACCUGACCCUUUGGAACAUGGUCACCACGUGAUUUGCGUGGUUAGAGUUAGCUUACUCUCCUGCUCCCCACAAGUCCUUCCACGAGAGGCUCUUGUGUCAUUAUGUAAGCAGACUUAUAUGCAUUUUCCUCCUAUGUUCUAGAGUAUGAGAAAACAUACAUACACUUGUGCUUCCACAUGCAUGUGCCCACACACACGCACAUGCACCUUACAUUAAAUAUGCUAUGGAAAAGAAGACUGAUUAGAAGACUGAUUUGGGUUGGGGUGGGGAGUGGCAGAGUGUGCCUUAACCUUGGCCUGGCUCCCACUUCCUUAGUAUUUCCUUCAUAUAUGUUGUCACUUUACAAAUGUACCUUGUCUUUUUCAGAUUGUACCUUUAUCAUCAGGCAAGAACUCUUAUAAAUGUAGCAAAUUGUGACUAUUUUAUAGAAAUGCACAAUAGUAUAUAGGCCUUGGAGAAGUCUGAUAACAGUGUGUAAAUAUCCUUUGUUGAAGUCAUAGAACCUUCUAGUAGGAAGGUCCUUAGGUGAUAACUUCAGGAUUAGGGCUAUCAACUGGUGGAAUAAGAAUGUUUGUUUCUCCAGAGAAUUCCAUGGACUUCAUGGACGCAAGGGAACAAUUCGUUGCUGUCUCUCAUUUAGUCUCAAGCGUGAAUCCCUGGACUUUCUCAUUGGUUAUCACUGUAGACCUCCCCCCAUAAUACACAGGAUUCACAAUUUAGGAUGACAGAUGGCCACUAGGGUACAUCAUAGAGACAUGAGAGAAAGAGAACAGGGAACUGUAGCUCCAUUGAAAAGCCCGGUUCAUCUUUAAAAAGUCUGGCAUAUUUGUAGAACUCUAGUUACCAGGACAGCAUAGUUGGUCUAAAAAUAUCGGUGGGGGGAAGUUUCUCUUUGGUCUCCUUAAGUCAAUUAUUGCACGUGUGUGCAAACUUUCUUAAGACCAAAAUUUCGGAGAAUCAGAGGUAAUAAGAAAAUAAAAACUCAAAUAUGCAUUUUCAUAGAAUGUAGUCAUGGAUGUAAUGAAUUCUGGAAACAUUCUAGAUUAAACUAUAGAAUUGAAAUCACCUUGAAGUAUAUAUGGACAUCUUCUUCAUAGUAAAGCCAACUCCAUUGGCAGGAAGUGUGAGGAAAACCUGUGCUCUUCAUUUCUUUUUUUAAGAGUUUUCAUAUACAAUGUAGCAGGUAGAAAAAACUUUAAUUGGUACUUUUAUAGUGUGACUUGAAAAAUAGUAUCUAUCUUUGUUGGCUCUGCUGAAUUGUUUCUUUCCACAGAAACUAAAUGCAAUGUCAAAAGAGGAGGUUUGCUAUAAAAACAUCUCCUUUUCUUUGGUGCGUUCAUUGUAAUUAUGGCUGGCAGUAAGAAGGUUCAGUGAGUCUCAAUUUCUCUACCUCCUUACUUGGAGAAAAUUUGGAAAUGUACCCUGUGAA